GCCAGACCUAUUUCUUCGUUUCCAUGCUUGGUCCUCCAUGCUGGACACUAGGCCUCUACGUCACUCUGUCCUUGUACAUCCAGCAGACUAGCGCGGAGCGGCUGCCGCUUUAUCGGCCGCAUAGCAACUCAGAUGGCGCAUCGGACCACUGGGGGCAGGAGGAGCCGCUGUGCAAAGGCAGUGGGCCGUCCGCACCUGGCGAGGUGCCAUUCUCAUCACUCUUUAGCUGGGAGGCGGAGGCGCCUUCCCGUCGCUAA